AUGUCAAUUGCGACGUCUGAUGUGGGGACCAUAGAGAGUGACAAACGGGAGAAUAGUGAGGGAGUCGAUUUGGAUUGUAGCAGGGAUCUUCAGCACAGCGUCAGCGUGUGUACGGCGCUGGAAGUCGGAAAGGAAAACAUAGAAAAUAACAAAUCGAAAAGUGAAGUGAAAAACAACAAUAAGGACAACCACAACGAUGAUAAAAACGACCGUAAGGAUAGCGUCAACGAAGAUGAGAAUGACAACUAUGGCAUGUGCAGCAUGUACGACGAGCUGGUGGUGCACACAUUUAACCACUUCCAGAGACAGUUGCGAAACAACAGUAACUUUUACUUCGUGGCGAAGUGGCAGGAGGAGAACUCCCACUCCAAAUAUAGGAAUUAUGCCUUCCUAAAUAAUUCGUUUAACUCCCCACACCUGAAUUACAUCAACGAUAUCGUCGUGGGGAAUAUCAUAAAGAAUGCCAUCUGCUUUAACUACAAGUACAUUUUCAAUGGGAUUAAAAGGCACAUUUUAGUUUACCUUAAUAUAAUAAGUCACGUAGAAACGAAAUAUAUUUUUCAUCAAAAUAACUACAACUUGAAGAAUCUGAUUUACCAUCUGUACCUGGACAAAAUUCUAAAAUUCUAUGACAGCAACCUGUUCACGUAUGAGAAGAACUUCUAUGUACUGAAGAGAAUUCUUUUUUUGGACAAUGGUGUAAAUUUAUUUCACCCUAGUGAGAAUUAUCUAACGAAUGAUUAUUGCUUAAAGUCGAUAUUUUUUAAAAUAUUUUUUAACCUUUAUAAAAAUGCGUCUCUAAAGGUACAGGGUAGGAAUGUGCCGCAUAUUUUGGGCAAUCAUAACAGUUGGAUCCGCGCACAACUAAUGCACCAAUACAGGAUUAACGUGCGGAACGAAAAUGGGAAAGACAGCGUCCUGCAUUCGUUAAUCAGCUUGGAGGAGCAGAAGCUGCAGUUGGGCGACUACCAGGUAUGUCCUUACACAGCUGCGUCGAAGUACGAGUUAGAAAAACAGAAAAAAGAGGGAGAUGCAACAGUGAAGGGGAACUCACCUAGUGGAAGUUCCCCCAAUUUUAACUUCACGAUGGGUACAAACGACCAGUUAAAAAGCCAUAUGCUUAGUAGCUGUCUAAAGAAGGAGAACAAAACAGGAAACGUAUAUCAAGAAUUGAACAGCUUUGCAGAUUGUGAAAAUAAUAACGUCAAGGAAGGUGAACGUACACACUUAAUUCAUUGUAAGAACCCCACGCGAGUGAAUAAAUGCCCAUACAGCCACACCAUUUCGUCGCAUGAACUUCUUAGCCAUAAUAAGAGGUACAACGCAGGUGCUCCUUUGAACAAAUCCGGAUGUAUUAUCAAAAGUGUCACCUUGGUAGAUAACCUGAACAAUCACUCUGUCAUCAAAGAUGGGGAAAAAAGCGAGUGGGAAUAUCAUCAUACGUGUAACGGAAACUCGAAAAAAACAAAAUUCACAUCAAGUGAUGAGAUAGACAGGGAAAGAAAAAACGACAAAUUUAUUGAAACAAUUUUUAAGAAAAAAAUUAACAAAAAUCUGUUUGGAAGGAACAGAAGUUUCAACGAGUCUCAUGAUUACCGUUAUGAUGAUCAUCGCGAUGAUGGUGAUGAAAAGGACAAUUUGAAAAACUAUUCCCUGAGAAAUUUGUUCAACUUCCCCAAUAACGAACUAAAAAUAUUAAUUUACAAUUUUCUCUACCUGUACAUCUUUGAUGAGUAUAUUUACAUGAACGUACAUAAGAAGGACAUAAGUGAGUACUUCAAUUUUGUAAAUGUGCUGAAGAAGAAGCAAAAACUGAGGUACAAUUUGUUCAAUUUCGUAUGCCCCUCGAACAAAGACAUUGGAAACGAAAUAUCUUGCUACAAAAAGUAUCUAAAGGAGAGGUACCUAAAUAAAAAUAAAAAAAAAGAUAAUAACAAAAUGAUGUACAACUCUAUGUUUGAAGAGAAGACUACCAUCCAGGUGAACAUGAAAAAAGAUGUGAAUGAUAAGUGCAAGACGAAAAGUUCCAAGAAAUUGUCAAAAAAAGGAGAAGAGUAUAAAAUGGUUAGAGAACAUAAGAAAGAGGAGAUACUCCAUCCAAUGGCAUCAAUUAUCCUAAUAAAUAAUAAAAAAAAAAAAUACAAUUCAAAAGCCAUAAAUUUGUUAAGAGAUACUUAUAAAAAAAAUUUCAUAAAUUAUCACAUCAAAAUUAAUGUUGAAAAAUAUGAACACCUUUAUUUCCUCUUCCAAAUAACGGAAAUGUUGUCUCUUAUUUUUUUGCCCUUCAUCAAUUCGCAUUACCACUUUGCCUAUAUAAAAGGGCAUAAACAUCUGGGCGAGGGUAAGUUCAGCCAGAUUGAGAGAUUUAGGCAGGAUAAUAUACACCUCCUUUGUGAACGCACUAGUGAUGAUGAAGUCAAGGAAGAUAAAGUAACCGUCGCAGAUGGUGCCGAAUGGAACUACAAAAGGAAAAGUGCAAAUCCAAAACAAGGUCGAAGAAACACGCAAGACCGAGUGGACAAACCGAAGAGGCUGCCCCAAAAUAGCAAGCAUGGCAUAUCCACGAGCAUUUACAACAUGUUAAACUUUUCAAAUAAAGAAAAAAAUGAAAAUUUUUCCGACUCUGAGGAAACCAGGAAUAGGAAAAUCCUCUAUCGAAAAAAUACCCUAAGUAAUAUCAAAAACGAAACGGCAUACAUACAGAAAUAUUCCCUGUUCAAUGAGAGGAGGGAAAAAUGGAAUGACGUGAUGUUCAGCAAAACGUACAAUACCGAGCUGAAGAGAAGGAAAAGCACCAAACAUGGCCACCAUGUGGAUGACGGAAAUUACUACAUUGCGCUGUAUAACCCAAAAGAAGUAGUAGAACAAAUCAGGAGAAGCAAAAAAAGGAUAACUUUCGAGGCAAAGAAUCUCAUUGAAAAUGUCUUCCUCUACAAUGAAUAUUGCCAAAUUGAUACCUAUGAAUUAAAUAAAAAAUAUCAUAGUAAGGACAAAUAUUUCCUCAUAAAAAAGUAUGAAAAAAUUGUGGCUCUCGCGUUUUACACCCGCUUUAAUACCUACUUGAUAUUUUCCCUGUAUCAACGAAUAGCGCUGCUGAAUUUCCUCUACUCGAAUUACCAUCUAGUCAUUUCUAUUCUGAGGUAUAUUAAUCAUGUGCACUGUAAGCUGAUGAACCAGCAUGCACACAACCAUUUUUCUCACCUGAAGAAAUCUCCAUCAGAGUGUGAAAAGUCAGUUGUUCCUUUUCACCAAGGGGAUAAUGUUCACACGGAAUUUCCCGAAAGGGGGAGGAGUACCUUCUCUGCAGAUCAGCCCGAAAAAUAUUCCCCCUACGAUCACUCCUUCUUCUACAUGAAGGAUGAGGACAUUCACUACGACGAUUACAUAAUCAACACAUACAGCACGAACUACAUUAAUGAUAUGAAUGCCGCACAGGGUACAAAUAACUCCUCUUCGUCUUUUAUCAAGUUUUAUGACAAACUAGGGGAUAUAAAGUCCUUUCGAUUUUCCAUUUUUUUUGACAUAUUUUUUGAGUUAAAGGUAAAUUUUAACCACCUCAGCAGCGCGCACAUAUGUGUGCAGAAUUCGUUAAGGUACCUUUUUUUCUUUUUGAAAAAUGCACACAAGUGUAAUGUCGUCUUGGAUUUGCGUCUCAGCAGAGGGAGGCCGAGCGCGCUACGGGGGAAAGCCAACGAAGUGACGAAUGAAUAUGUCGAGGAAGACAAUAACAUGGGGAAGUCGCGCAGUGAUAAACACAGAAGUGUAAAAAAUGUAAGAAGUGUAAGAAGUGUAAGAAGUGAAGAAAAUUUACACGUCCAAAGUGGGAACAUUCCCCAGGGGAUAAACAAAACACCGGAUGAGUGGAAUCGAAAAUGUGGAGAGACAUUUAACGAUGCGGGUCAAAAUUAUCCAUCGGUGGAGCAUAGCACAAGUCGUGAUGGAAAAGACAACUUUAAUAAUGUUAGCCAGGAAAACUGUUACACUGAAAAUUAUACCGAUUCGAUUUGGCUUAAUAAAAUGGGGAAAGAAGCCAAAUGCUCCAUGAAGGGAGCAAACGAAUGUAACGCAUUAAACCCCCUGGAGGGUGAAACAUGGCCCAAGUUUCUCCCCAGCAUGGACAUAAACAAACUGAGAAGUAGUAAACUUUUCUACAUUAUAAGCAUCUCUCUACUGAAGCAGCUAAACACCAACUACUACUAUGACAACAUGAAAGAAAUAAACCUCAUUUACGAGGAUGAUUUGGUUGGAAAAAAAAUAAAUGUAAAUAAUUUGCUAAAAAAUGAUUAUUCGGAUGUACUAAAUUUGAGUUACAAGUACAUGAUGAAAAGCCUCAAGGUGGAUCCCAACCACCUGUUGAGUUAUUACUACCUUGGCGUUAUCUAUCUGUAUAGGUUAAAAAUAACUAAGUGCAUUUAUAUAUGUAAAAAUUUUCUACUAGAAAACUGCCAUAAUGUGUACGCCUUCCCAUUUUUCUUACUAUAUAUAGUAGUUACCAGUUCGAGGUACACCACAAUGGAGGUACUCUCUACACAUGGGGGGAGGAAGCCCGGUAGGCGUCACACACAUAAGGGUUAUUCUAUGCAAAGUACAUACGGAAAAAAUAAAAGUGAUGGUAGCAAACGUGACGCAUUUAUUAACCGUGCGAACAUUUUGCACAGUUACAACGAGCAGUACAAAGAGUUAAUUAAAAAAUUAAGGAGAAAUGCCCCCAACUUUUAUAACGCUAUUACUAGCACGAACGGCUUGUUUAACGCAGAUGGUGGGAAAAUAGCAGAUGCAGGAGGAAGCUAUAUGGAUGACUUUUGCAACCUCGGGAAUUUUAUAGACUGCAACGAUUCAGGCGGUAGAAGGCCCCUUAACAGUGUGAAGGGAAACCCAAGUGAUGUCCCAUCCGAAGAGGGGUCUAAUGGGAAGAGUGACGACCCAAGUGGCAGCCAUCAUAAGAACAAGACAGGACAUGGCCAACACCCGUUUGGUCUUAAACCGGGGGAGGUGAACAUCCCUACUGGAAGAACCCCCCCAACGGGGAGAUGCCCGCACCAUAAGCUGAAAACACAUUGUACAGGAAGGAAAAGUACCCCAUACUGUCCUUACAACAAUGAGGGACUGCAAACCAAAUCGCCUAACAAGGAAUGUUUUUUAAUCCUCACGAAAGCUAUAAACUACUUCCCAAACAAUUUUUUUUUUUUUUACCUCUAUGUAUAUUACUUAAUUAAUUUCUUCGAAAUGUAUGACAUUUUAUUCUGCUGGGAGAAAGGAGAAGACAAGAAGAAUAAAAAGAGGCCCUUCCCAUGUUCCCAGGUGAAACAUCUCCUUCUGCAAAAAGCUUCACAAAAAUGCGACAUCAAAUCACGUCCAAGUGGAAUCGCCCGCCAUAUGAACCAUUUCAAUUUUUUACGUGAUGAAAAAAAGGGAGAUGCCCAUCUUAGCCAACUGUACGACGCAAUAUUCGACACAGACGAAAUGGACAAUGACGAUAGUGACGAUAAUAAUUACACUGAUGAUGAAAGUGCCAGAAAUAGUGAUUCCUGUGGAGUGCCAAAAAAGGCUACUCGGUUUUUUCCCAACGUCCCAUUUAACCUUAACAAGUGUACCAACUUAGCCAAGGGGAAGGAUCAAGCAAAUCGACUUUUAACCAAUAGCAUUAAAGAAGAAAUUGACAGAAUUCAGAUUUCGCUAAAAAUUUUGCAAAAGAAAAGCAAUGCGAUGAAGGCUGAGUCGAGAAGGGGGAGUAGAAUUAACAAGGUUGCUACAUCACGGGUGGGUGCAACUUCCACUGUGAUGGAGAGUGGUUCGGGUGACAGGUCACACACUGUCACGACACAUGAUGGCAGGGCGGCGGAUGGGGAGAAGUUGGGAGAAUCUCGUCACGCCGAUAUUGGACAUCCCUCAGGGAAGAACCAACCCGCAGAUGCAAAUGUCAGCGAAAAGAAUAAGGAAAAAGAACCAGUAAGCACCGAAGAGAGAAACGCAUAUUUCAUGCACCCCCCAUCCGUAUAUGAUACCCGCCCAAAGGAACGAAAAAGUAACAUAAAAGGAAGCGAUUACAUUGACAUCAGCAAAGUGAACUUGUUACCCUGCGUUAUGCCGAUCCUGUUAGCAUUGUACAAAUACAUCUAUCAGAAAAUGCAGGAAAAAAAGAACUCUGACAUGUGUGUAUAUUUCUGUUUGAACAAAAUUAUGUCUAAUAUUGAUCUGGGUAACAUUAAGUGCGAAUUGCAUGCAAAGAGCGAUAGUGACUACCAUCCAAAUGGUGGGAUAAACAACUGCCACUGUUUCUUUAGCUACGCGAAGGGGAGUGACAAAUUAUACAGCAAGAAUUACUACUUUUCGGAGAGAAACAGAUACGGCUUGGUUAACCGAAGUGGCAUCCUUGGUCAAAGCUCCAACCACUUUGGAACGCUCAACUCGCGGAGCAGCAUCAGCAAUGUAAGAAACACCACCCCAUUGGAUACUGGCACAGCGAAGGGUAUGCGAAAAAUUAGCCUGAAAAAUGUCUACCUGGAAGCCAUCACCUGGAUCAGUGUGGGUGAAAUUCUGAUAUACCUGAGGGUUAAUGCCAAGCUCAUUAUUUACCUCCUCAACAUUAUAGACACGUAUAUAAAAUUUUAUUUACGUGUAAAUAAUGACAGCAACUAUUACAGCUACGAAAAUACAAGUUUCUUUUACAAUUUAACGCACCAGUUUAUGUGCCUGAAAUGUUUGUACUUGUUUUAUCUCUAUGCCAAGUGUAAAAGGAGGAAAAAAUAUUCAGACAAUCUUCUCCUGAGGAGAACAGGAAGCAAUGGAUGUCGCUUGUCACCAAUGGCAAUGUCCACCCUUGAUGAAACGGUAAAGAAAAGGAUGAGCAAUGGGAAGGGGAAAACAUUAUUACCCUUUAAAAAAAAUUUAUAUACAAAAAUACUCUUUUUCGAAAAGGAAUACGAAUUGCACAAGGGUAGGAUAAAGUUGUGUGACCACCCGAAAGUUAAAGUCGAGAAUAAUCACAUUUACUUCAGGGAUCGAUUUGGUGAAAAUGACUUUAAGUUGCCUUUUCAUACAAAAGAUAAGAAAGAUUUUCGGGGAAAAUUUUGGUCUCUGUGGAGGAAGGCCGAAAAGGGGGGUACUGAUAAGGGAGAAGAAAAGGAAUCCCCCCGAAGGAAUGCACGAAAAGAGAACGCAAUCAAUGGUUCGAAAUGCUCUUCGAUCAACAAAGCAGACGUAAAUAACAAAACGAACAAAAUGAACAAAACGAACAAAACGAACAAAACGAACAAGACUAACAAAAUGAACAGAAAGAGCAUGAAUAAGAUUUACGCCGAUGAGGAGAAACUGUUCGACUCCUUUCAUGUGGACUAUGAGAGUGCCCAGAAAAGACAGAAAAAAUAUCGACUCAUAAAAAACAUUAAAAUUUACGUAUCGCUAAUAAGUAAAAUUUAUUUCAACGAUAGGAAGGUUAACAUUUUAUAUGCUCGAUAUUAUUUCUUAAAAAAAAAAUACCUAAAAGUUAUCAGCAUUUUGUCUCUCCUGAAUGAGCACUACAAGAAAAAGGACUACUUCAUUAUGAAAAGGAAAAUGUCGCAUAAGGAUAUUGGCCCAGGUAAUAAUAUGAACACCUCGGGUGAACAAAGUACCUUACCAAGUGGCUACCCCUUCCAUUUAAAUAACCAAACCGAUUUCGUCUACGAAUAUUUAAAUAUAUACAUGUAUUAUCAGUCCUUUGAAAAGUUACAAAAUUACCGGAAGUCUAAUUAUUACAAGCAUGUUUUGAAAGUCAUUUUUUCAAGCUGUCCCAUCAUACCGUUUAGUUUGUUUCCGUUUAUAAAUUUGUAA